AGAUUGAGGACUUGGAAAUGACAGAUUUUUUUUCAAUUGCGCUGUGCAUAUACACGAGAAGCGUUAAGAACCUAUCGUCGCAAAUCGUUGUGAUCUUUCUCAAAGGGGGAGGUAGCCGCCCAUGACGCUGUUCAAUAGCUUGUGGAGCAUAUAGGUAUUUUAAAUUUAAAGCAAAGAUCGAGCUAUUAAGUUGAAGUGUUUUUCUAACACACGCCGACCUACGAUGGACUCGCGGGGCUUGAGAAUCGGCCCAUAUCUACACUCCAAUACAAUUUAAAUGACCUACGACACGCCGUUCUUUACCUAUAGACAAUAGAACGUGUUUUAAGAGGAAUCAACGUUUAAGAUCUCUGAAAGAGGAUUUAGGCUUUAGUCAGGAUACAUUACAUAUAAUUACACCGCUCAUGAGCGACUCAUGUCGUCACAACAAGCUAACGAAGGGUUCAAAUUACCACCGAUUAACGAAAGUUCACUCCGAGGGCCACACAAGCUAGCCGGUGCAGCAGGGCUCAGCGCCGAUGGUGUGGGGACGGUUCCGGUCUCUGUAACAAUUCCCGGAGUAGGACGUAACACACAGGCGAACGUUCGGAGUGUUCCGGCCCAUACGGAUGUCCUACAGUCCAACAUGCCGGGCAGGCAGGGUAGAAAUACCCUCAUAUACAACUCCAACACAGAUUACAUCAACAAACCUAAACAAGUAUCGAAACCCAGCGUUGUAGCUUUUGAUGGAUUCGAAGUUCCCCGUGGAAAAAGCAGACGGAAAGUCAAUGGAUUUUUUCCUCCUGUGAAAUUAAGAAAAGGUGGCAAAGGAAAUAGUAACGAAAAUGGAGAGCCCGUGGUAGGGAAAAUCCAACUGACUCCGACUGCUCACACGGAAAUAAGGUCAAAAUCAGUGAUGUCACGGAAUGUAGGCUACUUCACGAAUGCCCGGAUGUCUCCAGAUUCUAUACGGACGGCCCAGACAGCACCGGAAGGGAUUGUGUACCCCAAUAUCAUCCACGAAACAGACUAUGAUGACAUAACUGUCCUACCCCCGCCCAAAAAGAUCCUUCCGCGCCGGGAGGUACCCUGGGUUUUUAGAUAUAAAGUGAAACGGAAUAUGAACGAAUUGGCCAAGAUUUUAGCAAGUAAAGCCCCACAACCCGUGGUGGACCAGGCGUCGUGAAAGUGGGAGCGCUGAGCAGGACUCUCGGUGUCUCAGCACCCGUGUGGCGCCCCUGUGUUGUGAUAUUACAUUGUAUACUAAACUGUGCAUUAUGGAUUAUCGAGAGAUUAAGGCAAGCGGUUUUUCAAUAAAACGGCAUUGUGACCGUUGCCUAAGGUUUCGUAUGUGUACAACUCAUCAGCAAUACUCGGAACAAUAGACACUUACGCAUGUACAAAUAUAUUUUUGUAACACCAUGUUCUGUAAGCUUAUUUAACUAUUGUCCUUCUGAUUUUCCCGGUAUAUAUCUACACCAUGUGUACGGUACAUGGGGAACUAAGCGCGGUACAUGUUAAGUCAGUUUGUGGUCUUGUUUUGUUCAAUAAAAUGAUCGCAGUUUGUACGUGCCAGGUCGCCAGAAAACAUUACACUCGUCACUGAACUACAUCCAAACGAAUUCAAAUUAUUCAGUGUGUCCCGUCUCGCCUCCUAACUAUGAAUGGAAUUUGAAAAUGUAUUGACAUCUUCGUGUGCCUAAAAACAGGUCGUUUUGAAGCAUCAAUAUAAAAAGCCAUACAUUAAACCUAACUUUAAAUGUAAAUACACGAAUUCAUGCGUUCUUAGUCUGUAACGCUUCAUCACGACUGUGCUAAUAGUACUAACAGCACUGGGACUUGUACAAGAAUGGCUGUGAAAGUGACAAUCUAAUUCUAAAUGUUGAUCUGUGAUUUAUGUCGUGUAAUAUGUGAAGUUAUAGGAAUGUAAAUAAACGUAAAUAUAUCUAA